CAAAGUAGGAGAGAGCGCUUCAGUUUGACCUGCGCCUCUGAAAACUCCACAAUUUCUCCACUUUUAUCAUAAAAAAUACCUAAAAAAUUAUUGCAAUUUGCCAAAAUGUCCAUGUCUACGAGCUAUAGAUAUGAAGUAGAAAGACCUGCCGCUCAAAAUUUAAGAAAGGCUUUGAAAAGACAAGAACAACGAAUCAAGUAUGAUGAGUGGUGUUCAGAAAGGGAUGCAGCAGUUAAUAAUGAUAUCCUAGUGAACCAGAUUGCAGAAUGGGCAGAAAAGCUGGAGGAGGCAAGUGAACAUCGCAAAGCUAAACGAUGUAACGAGGAAGCAAAGGAUGAACUCUCAUUGGCCAACAAAGAACUGACAGCUGUACGAAAAGCCCAACUUCGUAAGCUGCUCCAGGAAGAAGAGCUGAUGUUCAAACAACAGUUGAACGAGACAGGCAAGACAUUGUUUAACCAGAGGACAUGACCAAAUAGCAUGUGUAGAAAGGAUUGAGCUGCAUUCCAAAGUGCUGCAAGGGGUCUAUAUGUUAUUAAAAGUUAAAAAAUGAAUUCAAUUUGAAUUUUUAUUUUUAGACCUAUAAUAUUCAUAUGCAACAUAACAAUACGAAGUUAAUAUGUUUAUUCAAAUUAAUAUGUUAUUAAAUGUGAAAAAGAAAAAAAAGAAAAAGAAAAAUCAAUUAGAAAAUUUUUUUUAGACCUGUAAUAUUUCACAUAC